GUUGAAUUUGACUCCAUAUCUAAACAAGUGACAAAAAAUUCUUAUGAAAACUCAAGUUCCGCGAUUGAAGAUCUGAAACUGGGGAAACUGGAAGCUUUUAUAUGGGAUAGUGCUUCAUUGCAGUAUGAGGUGACAAGUGUGGUUGCUGGAAGAUCGGUUAAUUGUGACCUGGUAAUGGCUGGAGAACCAACAUUUGGACCUGGGUUUGGGAUUGCCAUGCGCAAGAAGGAUAAGUUACUGGAUCAAAUUUCAUUGCUUCUGCUGAGUUUUCAUGAGAAUGGGUUCAUGGACAGUUUGAGGUUGAAGUGGACAUUGAACCAAGGCUGUCCCCAACGUACAUCAAGUCCCGCAACCCUCAAGCUCGAAAACAUGGUCGGGGUUUUUAUAUUGAUCGGUAUAGGGAUUAUUUCUGGCGCUAUUUUCACAGCUAUUGAGGUGGUUUAUAAAAGAAAGAGGAAUUAG